AUGCCUGUUUCAUCAUGGAAUCUCCCAGGUGAAAAAGUUAUCAAUAAUCUGUAUGGUUGUACAAACUGGACGUCGAUGAGGUAUAUACCUCCCUUACAUGAGAUAGAAAAAGAAUGGCAACCUUGCUUGGAACGAAUACCAGUCUAUCACUUUUCAGGAGCAGAGUUGUUGCAGGGUGGAUGGAACAAAUGGAAUUCCGCAGGACAUCCAGACAUUUUAGCACAGUCAUCUACAGCUGUUGAGCCUGACUGGUACACAAGAAGACGACAAGAUAUUCGUAAUGCCGAUAAAAAAUUUUGUGAACAUUGGGCGUACAACAGAUGGAGUAAACCGACCAGCUUCACUGUUUUAGGUUGUAAUCGUCAAGCACCUGUUGCAAAUGAAACCUUACAACCUAUUACUGGAAAACAGAAGACAACAACUCGACCCAGUGCUGUACACACAGGAAUAAGACCAAUACACUAUGGGAUAGGUGAAGGUUUCAGCAGCUGCAAAUUCAUACCUAAGACUAAAGAAAGAAACCAAGUCGGUUAUAAUGAAGAGAGUGUGAAUAAAUGA